AUGAACAUAUCACAGUGCUGGCAGCCGACUGAUGACAAGUAUGUCGAAACAGCCAAGUACAUUGCAAUGUGCACAUAUCACUGUGCAUUGGACAAUCUACAGCAGCUUGUUGUGCAGUGGCUGUUUGAGCUGCACAAGCUGAAUCUAUCUCAGACAGCCUAUCAUGCUCACACGCACAUUGCGAAGUCUUUGCAAGCUCGCUGCAAUGCCAUAUGGCAUGCUGUCAAGGCAUACAAUACUGCCAGACUCACAAUCGAUCCUCCACACCUGACACUGGAUUGGUCGAAGACAUCACAUUAUAGUUUCCUUGAUGAGUUUACUCUGUUACAGGACACACAGAACAAUGUUCAUGAUAGGCCAUAG